AUGGCGUUACCCUUAGAAACAACACAUUUGAUAGCGCAACUUCGAGUGUCUUAUCUCACUUUAACAGAUAAUGAUGAAUAUGCUAGACGUAUAAUAAAGCCAUUGGCAGUGGGCGGCAAUGAAACCAAACAGCAGCAAAAUAUAUAUACACGGCUAGAGAUGCCCGAAUCACCGCCAAUUACAUUUAAUGCUAAUCAUCACAUACAAGAUACAAUUCUGAAUACUGGUAGCGAGGUACGCAAGAGAACGAUAAAGAAACGGAAGAAAACAGAUAGAAAUAAGAACAAGCGAGAGGCGAAGAAUGCACAUAAGAGGGAUGAUCGAAUGAAUGUAGAGCUGAUUGAAGAAGAAGAAGCGCCAGAUUUGCCUGUGAGACCCCAAAGACUGGUUGACACGAGCGAUGCCAAUGAGUCCACUGGUGAGGUGGUGGGGCUUUCUUAUACAAAAUCUAUAAAGGGAAUAAAUAGGAAGAGCAAGCCGAAUAUUGUUAAGUUUUUCCAUUCUAGCAAAAAUAAUGAUUCAGACAGCGACAGUGAUAGCGACGAUACGUCCAGAGCGCCCGCAUUUGUUGCGUCAGAGAGGAACCUUGAAUUAAUUGAAGAAGAAAAAGCGAAUGAAGAUGAAGUUGAAGAUAAUGCAAGAGAUAGAAACAAAGUAUAUGAGAAGGAUACAAGCGAUGCAAUAACCAUUGACAGUGACUUCGAAGUACCAGUAGCAGCAUCAGGGGACGUAUUAAAAUCAUCCGCGACAGAUUUUGGUUACGACGAUCAGGAUGAUUCAUUAAGAAGUAGGAGCAAUACCAUAGAUACUGUCAUCAUAGAUGAAGAUGAAGAUGAAGACGUCGAUGUUGAAGAGGGUUCUAAUUUUACCGAGGACGAAGAUGAAUACGAGGAUGAGGAUGAAGACGAUGACGAAGAUGCUGAUGUAUCAUCUACAGACUCUGCAUUUACAGACAUUGAAACAGACUCUAUAUUGGACUCAUCUAUGCUACUCGGCUCAUAUAACGAUAAUGCGUAUAACAGCUAUUCGUUUGGAACCCAGAAUGACACAUUACCUAGCUUCCGAAGUAAUUACAAGAAAUUGAAAAAGAAGAAGAGCAGACUCAAUUCGUUCGAUAGUCAAAGUCUUUCGAAAAACACAGGGAACAUAAAACGAAGCACCUCACAAACUUUGCUUAAUUCAGACCCCAAUGGUGAACAAAUUAAUAGUAUGAUUAACUCAAAAGCACUUCCUAAUUCUAGCGUGUCGUAUAAUUCGAAUAGGCUUGCAAAUAGCAGGAAAAACUCUUUUACAUUUGGUAAAGUUGACGUCUCCAAACAAAAUGAGAAUAUCAAUCAGCCAAGGAAUUCGAAAUUAAGCAUGCUCAUUCAAUCAAGGUAUAAAUCGUCUAACAUAAAUCCGUUAAAUUAUUAUACAUUCGCAUCGUCAUAUAUUGACUCAAUUCAUAAGGCUAGCCUCAAUAUAUACGUACCUCCAAGCAAUAGUCCAGUGAUUACCAAUCUUAAUAUUAAUGAUAAUGUCGCCGUUUCAGAUUGCAUUGGUUACAUUUUAUUGAAACUAUCUACCAUGUCUGAGUUUAGCAAUAAAGAUGAUUCCUCUUUAAUGAACCCAAAUAGAUGGAGACUUGAAUUAGUUGAUGAAGAUGGUGAAAAUUACGGAUCAUUUGGUAUUUUGGAUAGGACAAGACUCUUAUCAUCAUAUAAUAACCCGCGAGAUAUAGCAUUAUGUGAGAUUACCGAUGAAGCAGAGAUAAUUAAGAACGAAAAACAAGCUCCAUUGCCAAUGGAAUUCAGACAGAACUUAUUGGCGCAUGAGAAAAAGCAAGCAAGUUCAAGUGUCAACAGUAAGAGGAAUUCGUUACUAGUUAAUGGAAAAGAUGAAACGAUAGAGCUAAAAAUACUAAGGAACUUUAAUGACACAUUGCAAACUUCUGAUUAUUCACUAAUUUUUAUUUCAGCAAGAGCGCUGAUGGGCCAAGUACUAGAUGAAUUUUGCGCAGAAAAUGAACUUGACUCUUCUAGGUAUGAAUUAAGAGAGAUAUUAUUACGUGAAGUACCUGGACAUAAUCAUAUUACUCACAAACAUUUACAACCAGAAAAUACCUUGUUGCAAGGUAAUCUUAGGACAGACAUGGGUCCCACAGUUUUCGAGCGGAAGGGAAUAUUGAAAAGUACAGAUUCAGUGCUUGAGCUAGAAAGCAAUACACUAGAAUUAGUGCCUUCGGAUGUGAUGCAAUCUAUGGUUGCACAAGAAUAUGUUAAUGAUCAUUCAUUGGCGAAUAUGGCAAUUACUCCGUCAGAAUCUACUAAUACUCUUCCUCUAAUAACUCCGCCAGCUAAGCAAAUGGAGGAUAAGUUUCAGACGCUAAACAUUGCGAACGAAAUGAAACUGAAUGCCUCGAUUCGUACUCGCAAAGAUCCACGUAGAAAUACGACCGAAAGUAUUAGGCGUACUAUCAAUUCGAACAAAUACUUGGAUGACAUUAUCAGAGGUAAGAACCCGCUACUUCCUACUAACAUCAAUACAAUCUAUUUUACUUGGAAAGUAUGGAGAAAAAAGCCAACUAUUUUAAACAAAAUCGAAAAAACGUUAAUUAUAGAUGGUGACUACAUUCAUCUAACGCCAUCUGAUGUCAUGGUUUGGAAAAAGAAUCCAAGUGAGAAUCCAUUUUUAUCCAAUCAACAGAAUCAUAGUCAAUCACAUCACUAUCACCAUUAUUUGCAUCAUUAUAAUUAUUCGAACUAUUACAACACCCUGAUGAUGAAGACAAGUUCAUUUCAUAUCACACAAAUAACCAAGUUAAAACAAUACAAGAACAGUAAGAAUCCAAACCAUUUCAAGAUUGUUAUAAAGAAGCAUGUGGAUGGUUCUACAAAUGCCAAAGAUUCGUCCAUCAAAAAGAAGUAUGAUUUGGAAGCGGCAAAUGUUGACGAGUGUGAAGAAAUCAUCAAGAAAAUUAAAUGGGUUUUGCAAGUGUAUAGUAUGUCAAAUUUGAAUUCAACUUGA